AUGCCUUCGCCAUUGGUUCUGCCACACCACCGCCGGAUCGUACAGAAAAUGGCUACAACACACAGCAUCAUUUACAAUGACGGCAGCAAUGUCAAUAUGAAUAUCAGUCCUGGUGCUGGUAACACCGUGCAACCCAUUCCCAUUGUCGACCGAUCCAUUGUGCCAGAACUUCACUCCAAUCCACAAGCGAGUUCAACUCAUACAUCACCCACCGGAAAUGAGACAUUGUUCACGGCAAUGAUGAGAACCCCUGCUUCGACUCCUUCAAUAUCCAAUGUGUCAUCGUUCCAGUCAACGAUACCACCAUCGGUCUCUCAGGUCAUAUCCUCAUCGACAACGCCACUGACCAUGAUCCAACAUCAUAUCCCAACAACGACGUUGAUGCAUCAUCCGCCAGCUGUAUAUUGGAAGCACCAGGUUGUGGAGUGGUUGGAACAGGAAAAGUUGCGCUGCUUGAGGCUAGGACUUUUCUGGCGAUUUAAUGCAGCAGCCGCAAGCGCGCACGCGGAACGAAAGUUGCGUGGUACUCAUUGA